AUGGCCAGUAGUCGCGUCGCUCCCCUUCCCUCGCCAAUCUACCACCGCAACCCACCGCGAUCUCGAUCUCCGAAUCGACCGAUCCCCGAUUAUGAACAUACCGAUCCCCUCCUCGGGAGUCUUUCACCCGAGUCGACUCUCCAAGCGCUCACCUCCACCAAUGCCGUCCCCAAAAACGAACGAGUCGCCCAUGAUAUCCUGUCCAGAAGUAUCGCUCAGGUCUCCCCAGCGGAAAGAGCCCUCGCAAUUCGCGCAGCAGUUGUCGCUCAGAAAUUGAACCGGUGGUACAAGGAACUCCAGUCAUGGAAUUGGCCGAAACAGACCGGUGAUGAGAAGGGAUUGGGCUUCAUCCCUCCGUCCGAUGCGACCGACGAGGAUUACUACGGUAGCCUGCCCGCCGCCGUGGUAGAGGAACACGAGAAGCGCAUUGAGGAAAUCCGAGACGAAUUGGACGUGCUAGAUAUGGACGAGCUCAAAGAGCACGUUCUCAAUGCCCACAUUCCGGCCCGGUCUCGGCCCUCGUCAGCCAACAGUAGCUUAUCCGUCCCUCCUCAACUGUCUUACGUCCAGUUAAGCGAUUUCACUGCCGUCAUCACUGCCACUAUUCUCCGAGCUCUGCCUCUUCUAUCGCGCCUAACGACCUUGCUCUCAAUUUGGGACGUUCGUCUCUUGGUUCUGCGACAGAUUCCCGUUUUGCUUCGCAGCUUGCGCCUCGCCCGCUCUGAGUUGGAGGCUGCCUUGAACCUCUUAAAGUCUUCCGAUCCUCCUAGCGAGAAGGAUCCGUUGUUUUCCCGGUCCAACUAUCAUGCGAAGCGCUCCCAAUUGGAAGCCACUGUUGUGUCGGCUGGCCGAAGAUUGGAUUGCGUGCUUGACGCCUUGGACGAGUGCGAAGAUUCUAUUCCCGACAGCUGGAUCGAUGAUCUUGAAGGUAUCGAAUCAGAGUUUGGCUCUUGGACCAUGCAAGCAGAACAACGUACCGUUGAGAACGAGUGGCAGCGCAUGACGUUUAUCUCGAAGACCAGCAUCAACCUCGACAUAGAAAACGACGUGUCCAAACAAUUGUCUAGUGAUUCUCCUCGCAACGAGGACCACUCUCACGGAUCGUCUGCUCCCGUUGUACAGACAUCUCACACUUUCCCUAUGGAAACCAUCGACGAAGAAGAACUCAAUACUCCUGUGGAGGCCGCGCCUCCUUAUCAAGGAACGAGUUGCCAGGAAGAUACGAGUUUACCAUCGGUCAUCGAAGUGGCUCCCUUGAGCCUGGAUUGUACGGCUUCACCUGCGCUUUCGGAAGCGACCAACAUCCCCGCUGAGUUUGUUUCCAGCAAUGCGACCCCCAACGUUUCCCAAACUUCCAUUGAUUCAACAUCUCGUCCUGUCACACUUGCCUCUUCUACGACUAGCGUCGAACAGGAGGAGGAUGUUCAUGCGUUUGGAACACAACUACCUACCUCUCCUGAUGCGGUGGGCUCGGAUGAAAAGCCCUGCAUGCAAAGUCCCGAGAACUCCCUUGGCAACGAAAUGCCUCAUAAUGAAGCAAUUCGCGCUCAAGAUACAUCCGACCGUCUUGACGUACAGCCAGUCAAUCCUGGUACGGAAGAGCAAAAAUCUCUAGCUUGCGAGGAGGUUUCUUCGGACCAAGAAAUCCAUCCCUGCAAACAGGAAAUCGAGCGCGUCUCAGAGGAACCGGAUAAGCUUCUACCAACCAUCGAACCAGACAUGCCUUCGGCUGCAGAAGAGAUCGGCCAUCCAUGCCCCACGCAUAAAUCUUCUAGUCUAACUCUUCCAGAAGAUAGCCUACAGCCACCAAGCAGCCCGCAGACAGACACUGGGAGCGUAAUCAUACGGCGGCCCAAGAAUUUAUCCAUGUCCCCCCAUGUGCAAGGGGUAGACACCCCCAAAAUUGAAGAGGACUCUUCACCUUCCACCACAAACUUGAAACCCUACGAUCAACACUGUGAAAAUCUACCGCCGUCAUCGAAUCUGGAUGAAGAAUCCGCAUUGACCAAUCAGAUUGGUCAGAACGACCUGGCCGAGGUGCCGACAACAAAGCCACCCAGUGGUACAAACUCGAUUUCCGCCUUCAGCUCUGAUUCCCCCGGAACUUCAGCAAAGUCGGUAGUUGCAAGCAGUGACGAAGAGCUCCCACCCCGGACUUCUUCUCUAACGCUGAAGGAAGCUACGGACGAUCCGACUCCCAAAAAGCCUCUUGAAAGUCCGAUCAAAUUGUCCAAGACUCGACCGGGUCCUCUGAUCUUUGAGCCAGAGCACGCAGACUCUCGCCACAGGCGCAGGUCGAUUGCUUCUUCUAUCUCGGACUAUCCUUCGCUUGUAUCAAGCCCGGAGAGGCGUGGACCGCACGAAUCCUCAUCUAACGGAACUCCUUUGCUUCUUGAAACCCCCCCACCCUUCCAGGCCGGCUACCAGUCAUCUGAUCCUGUAGCACCCGGUAGCGACCAUACGCUGCGAGAAGACCGCCUCUUCCGCCUUGAUAGUCAGAAGGCUUCUCCGCAUACGGAUUUCGCUCACAACCGAAAUCUCAGUCUUCCCUUGCAGCGCUUCAUCAAUGAAAGGUUAGAGUUAACCUUUGGAGACGAGAGCAGCAGGGAACCUGAAGGCACUGCAACUACCGGUAGGCCCAAGGAAGUGUUUCCUAGCCUACACUCUGGCCCGAAGAAAUCCUCUUUAACGCCUCAAGCCGCUGCAUCUUCGAUCUCGACCAAAACAACGCGACGUUCUGCCACUCAGUCACCCGAGGUCACUCGUGGUGGGAACCCCAAACAGGGGACAGAUGGCAUUGCAAAGACGCUGCGUGAAGCUUGGGAGCAUACUAAGAACGCUAGCCCAACAGCAUCGGUCCCCAAGGCCCCGGCAGCGCCCCUAGAACAUUCAAACACAACGCGUCUGAAGAGACAGUUGACCUCACAUCCUAGUCUUGAAAGCAUCGGAGCAUACCGAUCGGAAGCUCGAUCUAAUGAUGACUCUUCAUCCAUCCCAGCCUUCCUCAAGACUGCGUCGCGGGCGUCAACCCCAACCCCGCAGAUGAGAAAGCCCAAGGACUAUUUGGAUGAAAAGAUUUCCUCUAUCCUGACUGCCCUCGAUGCGCAGAUUCACCUAGUGUCUGCGGACGCCCAUGAACACGAUGGACAUUCGACAUCAUCUUACCCAUUGAAACAAAGGGAGCGCUUUCGCUCUGUCUCUCCUCAGGGCUCGCCAGCUCGUAGUGGCACACCUACUCCGUCAUUGACCAUCACCCCCGCCGUUUCCCGCCGGCGCUAUUCCCAUGCACACGCUCCAGAGGAGAGUUCCGUGAAGCUCUACCAUCUGCACCGGGGUGGCAAGUCGGCCCCCACCAAGCUGUUCGUCCGGUCAGUGGGCGAGAACGGCGAGCGCGUCAUGGUUCGUGUUGGUGGUGGAUGGGCAGAUUUCGCAGAGUACCUGAGAGAAUUCGCCGUCCAUCACGGACGCCGACAUGUUUCAGACACGCCUCUGGUUGAGGUCCAGGAGCUUUCUCGCACCUCGCCUCCGUCUCCACCUAGAAAUAAAUUGGCGCCCACUGCCAGCGGACGGAGAACCCCGUCACGACCGCCUUCUGUCCUCAGUAACCGGCCAGGGUCAUCAUUAGCUGUCCGCAAAACCCGACGGACCUCCAACGUGUCGGAUAUGACCGAGUUCCGCUCUUCCAACCCUGGCGACGUACUGAGUACUUCGUAUUCGCCCAUGUCAACUGUCUCCUCGCGACGGCGACUGUCAACGUCGUCCAACGCCUCGAUGGGCGCGUUCUCAGCAAGCGAGUUCCGGCAUGGGUCUUCGUAUUCUCCCACGAACACCGCCGCAGGCAAUGUUAACCACACGGUUCCCCUCGGUCUCGCAGGGCCGCGUCCCAGGCACGUCUCGAUCAGCGCCGAGAGCGAGGCAUGGGUGGAAGACGUACUCGGACAAGCUCGAAGGAGCUCAUCCCUGCGCCCUUACACUUACGGCCUCGCGCCCCAGGAGCCGGAGCCCGCUCCCGAAAAGGCGCCCCCUCCCGUGAUUUCGAAAUCCCGGAGUAUCAGCGACCUGGGAACCGUCGGCUCCAGCCGACGCAUCGCUCUGCGCGGACUUGGAAGACGUUAA